AAUAGCGUAGUUAUUGACAAGCCAAGUGCGUGCAGUGUGUGGUGGCAGAUAUUGGUAAAGAGCAAACCUAGUGGAGACCAAGAUGCUCCAAGGCUCCAGUAUCUUGGGGCAUGAGAGGCCCCUGGUCAUCAGGGUAUCAUUCAGCGCCUGUGUUGUGGGCACUGUGUGCCUACCACUGCUGGGACUAAUAACCUGCGUUUUCAUAUCCUCUGUUUUUCAUUAUGAGGACUCUACUGGUACACAUUGCCGGGUUCCUAAUUACCUGCCAUCCAUCAGUGCCUCAAUAAGCCUUAGCCCUGAGUGCCAUAUAUGGCGGUUCUGUAUCGGACUGCACUCGGCUCCGAGGCUCCUGGUGGCAGUUACCUACUUCAAAUUUUACAAGACACGCUUUGCCUCGAGGUUCCCGGAGAGUCCGCUCAGUUGCUUCAGCCUGGUGUUUUCUGUUUGUGAAAACCUUGGCCUCUUGCUCCUCACAUAUGUGUCAUCAAGUGAAACAUACUUUGUACAUAAGGAAGGCUUUGUGCUCUUCCUUGUCAGUUCCAUUAUCUACAUGCUGAUAACCUGCCGUUUAUGGAAGACUAUUAAGAAAUAUUCAUUAAGUCCUGAGGAUGCCAAGUCUCACCGUUGGAAAGUGCGCUUCUUACUUCUUAACGUAUCCUUCUGUUUUUUCGCCGGAUUCUUUUAUUGGAAACACAACAUGUACUGCGAAUCAGGGAGUUACACUUUAUUUGCUCUGUUUGAGUAUCUAGUGGUCUUCUCCAACAUGGCCUUCCAUCUCACAGCAGUGUGGGACUUUAAGAGCAGGGAUGUCAUGGUCGUUUCGUCCUCUGAAGAUAAAGAUUUCUGA